CGCCUAAUCUCAGAUUCUCAUCCCAACCGCACCGCACGCCACGCUCAGUGACAGCGUCCGUCCAGUCUUCAGUCUCCGAUUCCCAAACCGGGCGCCCGCCGAGCGCCGCCCAGGUCUGCCGUCCAUCCCAUCUCCUUCCGAUUGUUAGCGUUUCACCGGCAAGCCGCGAUUCCAGCCAGCCAGCCAUUCCUGUCGCCGGCUUCUUCCUUCCCAUCUCCUUCCUCGUCGCCGGCUCUCCCUCUCAGUUUCAGUGUUCUCGCCGGCCAUCUCUCUUUUAGUUUGAGUUGGGUCUCUCCUCUGCAUUAUCUUCUCCAAGCUCCAAUCACCGAUGGCAGAUCAAGCGGCUGCAGACUCUUCCACCACCAACGCGUCGGCUGCCGCCACCGUCGGCUCGAGUUCUGCCCCGCCUGUAGUUACACCAGUGCCCAAACGAGCUUGGGGCGAUGAAGAAGACGAUGAUGUGGGUGAUACUGGAGAUUCAUCCUCUGCGCCUUCCGAGUACUUGGAAUCCCUUAAAAUCGAAGAUGAAUCGAAUCUUGAAGAACCCAUAGACUCUAACAUCACAGCGGUGACAACCGGUGAUACUCCAUAUACUUCAGCCAGUACUUUUGAGGAUCUGAAUCUUUCUAAAGAGUUGUUGAAGGGUUUGUAUGUUGAGAUGAAAUUCCAUAAGCCAAGUAAAAUCCAAGCUAUAAGUUUACCUAUGAUCUUGACUCCUCCUUACAAAGAUUUAAUUGCUCAAGCACACAAUGGUUCUGGAAAGACUACCUGUUUUGUGCUUGGGAUGUUGAGUCGUGUUGAUGUGAACUUGAAGGCUCCUCAGGCGUUUUGCAUAUGUCCUACAAGGGAGUUAGCCAUGCAGAAUAUUGAGGUUCUUAAGAAGAUGGGAAAAUACACCGGGAUAACUUUUGAGUGUGCUGUUCCCGCCGACAGUGCUAACUAUGUACCUAUGUCAAAGCGUCCACCAAUCACUGCACAAGUUGUGAUAGGAACUCCUGGCACAAUAAAGAAAUGGAUGUCGUCAAGGAAGUUGGGAGUAGGCAGCGUGAAGAUUCUUGUUUUUGAUGAGGCUGAUCAUAUGCUUGGUGAGGAUGGUUUUCAGGAUGAUUCAUUGAGAAUCAUGAGGGACAUUGAGAGAAGUAACCCUCAUUGCCAGGUGCUUCUGUUCUCUGCUACAUUCGAUGAGAAUGUUAAAAACUUCGUGUCUAGGGUUGUUAAAGACUACAACCAACUUUUUGUGAAGAAGGAAGAACUCUCUUUGGAGAGUGUGAAGCAAUACAAGUUGAUAUGUCCAGAUGAAUUAGCUAAAAUUCGAGUCAUAAAAGAUAGGAUUUUUGAACUUGCAGACAAAUUGGGUCAAACAAUUAUAUUUGUGCGUACAAGAAACAGUGCUGGCAUGUUACAUAAGGCACUAGUUGAUCUUGGUUAUGAUGUGACUACUAUUCAAGGGGCACUGACGACUGAAAUUAGAGACAAAAUAAUCAAGGAGUUCAAGGAUGGUUUGACCAAAGUUCUUAUUUCGACUGACCUUCUAGCUCGAGGCUUUGAUCAGCAGCAGGUCAAUCUAGUUAUCAAUUAUGAUCUUCCUCUUAAAUAUGAAUCUUCUUCACAAGCAACGAAAUAUAGAUCGUCCUCAUUAUCUGAGCCUAACUACGAGGUGUACCUUCAUAGAAUUGGUCGAGCAGGUCGUUUUGGGCGCAAGGGAGCUGUGUUUAACUUGCUGUGUGGCGAUGAAGAAAUCAUGCGAAUGAACAAAAUUCAGAACCAUUUUGGCUCUGAAAUAAUAGAGGUUCGAGACUCCGAUGAGGACAUUCAAGCAGCCUUAAAAACUGCCGGAUUGGUUUGAUGUAUAGAAAUAAGUUUAUCAUACCUGAUUUCCAUUGAUGCCAACCACACACCAAAGGCAAUAAAACUCGAAGUGAUGAACCUGAUACAGACCUGUUCCGACAAUAACGGCGGGAAAUGAUUGAAUUUUUCUUCUUGUGGAUUCGAAUCUGCUGUUACUGAUGUUGUGAAUGAAGGAAAAUAUGGUUAUAAACUUGUGAUUGCCAUGUUAUUGCAUCACUUAUAAAUCAAAGAACGUGGCCAUUAAAUUAAAUUUGUAUCAAUUACUAUUUAGAUUUUUUUCUUAAAAAAUUUUGAGCCCAACAAUAUGGAAAUUUCUUCCUCCCUAUCUUCCUUUUUUAGUUUUAUGUAGGCAAUAGACAAUUUGUGUUAUGCUCUA